AUGUCUGAAGAAAAUCUAAGACCUGUGUAUGAUGAUCAGCCAUCUGAAGAUGUCUACAAGAGAGGUGCCCAAUAUAAUAUGACAAAAGCACGUAAGGCUGAUUUCGAUAAUGAAUCAAACGAAGGUAAACCUGCUGAAAAGAAACAACGUAUCGGUAAACCACUAGAAGUUGAUGCAAAUGGGAAUGUCAUUCCAAGGGCUCCAAGACUACCUAAGCGUAAAGUUGCUGUCAUGGUUGGCUACUGUGGUACUGGUUACCACGGUAUGCAAUACAAUCCACCAAACCCUACUAUUGAAGCCGCCCUUUUUAAGGCUUUUGUAGACGCUGGUGCCAUUUCAAAAGAUAACUCUAACGAUUUGAAGAAAAAUGGGUUCAUGAGAUCUGCUAGAACUGAUAAAGGUGUCCACGCAGGUGGUAAUUUGAUUUCUUUAAAGAUGAUCAUUGAAGAUCCAGAAAUUAAGCAGAAAAUCAAUGAAAAAUUACCAGAAGGUAUUCGUGUCUGGGACAUUAACCGUGUAAACAAGGCCUUUGACUGUAGAAAAAUGUGUAGUUCUCGUUGGUACGAGUAUCUGUUACCUACUUAUUCAUUAAUAGGACCAAAACCUGGUUCUGUUCUUUAUGAAGACAUCGAAAAAAGCAAAAUUGAGUUACCAGGUGUUUUAGAUGAAGAUAUUGAAUCUAAGGAAUUUUGGACCAAUUUUAAGAAAGACGUUGACGAAAAUUUCAAAUCUGAAGAAAUUGAAGCAAUUUUGUCCUACACUCCCCCACCAAGAGAUGAAUUUUCUGAUACUGAAGAACUUUAUUUGAAAGUGAAGAAAUAUAAGCAAUUAGAAAACUUACAUCGUAGAAAAUACCGUAUCUCAAAUGAAAAGUUGGUUAAGUUCCGUAAAGCUAUGAAACAGUACCUCAAUGCUCAUAACUUCCACAAUUUCACCCUGGGAAAAGAGUUCAAGGAUCCAAGUGCAAUCAGAUUCAUGAAACAAAUAAAAGUUUCGGAACCAUUUGUAAUUGGUGAAGCCAAGACAGAAUGGGUUUCAAUCAAAAUCCAUGGUCAAUCUUUCAUGUUACAUCAGAUUCGUAAAAUGAUAUCCAUGGCAACAUUGAUUACUCGUUGUGGAACUCCUGUUGAACGUAUCACACAAUCCUUCGGUCCUCAAAAGAUCAACAUUCCAAAGGCACCUGCACUUGGGUUAUUACUAGAGUCCCCAGUUUUCGAAGGUUACAACGCAAGACUAGAGAAAUUCGGUUAUCAACCUAUCGAUUUCAGUAGAUACCAAGCGGAAAUCGAUGCUUUCAAGAUGAAGCACAUUUACGAUAAAAUCUACAAGGAGGAAGUUGAUGAAAAUGUUUUCAAUGCCUUCUUCAGUUAUAUUGAUAGCUUCAACAAAGUUACUGGGGCAAAUGGCGAAGAAACCGAAGAUAAGAAAGGCCAAACUGUUCAGAAGAGUAUUUUUGAAUUCUUGACUGCCAGAGGUAUUCCAGGUUUGGAUGCUGCUGGUACUGAAUCAAAUGCUAAAAGUGAAAAAGAUGAACCAAGGGAAACUAAAAAUACUGGAGAGCAGACUGAAGCUGCGAUUGAAAAUGAUACUAAAGAGCCUAUUGAGACCCAAAAAGAUGAAAAAUCUUUUAUCUCAUCCUAG